AUGCCAACCGAGCGGGAUAUCCCUUCACUGUCCGACCUCGAAGGAACCCCGACGGAGUACCUCAAGUCACCGCAACGAUUGAAGGAAUGGUCUCUGGAGGCAUGGGGCUACACCGUAGCCAGCGGGGCGCUGGCAUCAAUCUCGAUCUUCUUCAUCAACGUCGUCACGCUGAUCGCCAUUUGCAGCCGGUACCCCAUGUCUCUCGACCAGGGCAUCUUCUUCCGAGGCGAUUGCAAAAUGUCAAGUCUCAUCACCAAAGUCGCGCACGUCGUGAUCAACAUUUUGAGCACGAUCCUCUUGGCAUACAGCAAUUAUACCAUGCAGUGUUUGAAUUCACCAACGCGGAAGGAGGUGAACGAGGCGCAUUCCCGGUCCCAGUGGGUACAUAUUGGCACCGCCAGCUUCCGCAACCUGAGGUUCAUUUCGAAAUGGAAAGUAUGUCUGUGGGUGUCCCUCGGGGUCAGCUCGUUUCCGCUCCACAUGAUUUGGAAUUCCGUGGUGUUUGAGACCAAGAGUACCUACGGCUACCUGGCCGUUCAGGUUUCGAAGGACUUUUUGCACGGGGCGAGCUGGACCAUCCCCGAGCCCUCGAAUGAGACAGACUGCGUCUAUUGCAAUCAGUACCCAGGGAUCAUCCACGAACUUCAACAGCAGGUCCAACACGAUGAUCUCGAACGGCUCCCGCCCCAUGAAUGUAUGGAUGCCUACUUUUCAGGUGCGCUGUUCGACCGGAGCCACCUCCUUCUCGUGGUAGAGGGCAACCGAACCGCGGACGCGGUGCUGGCCAUUUUCGAGAACUUGGACUGGGAUGGGGGCUGGAUGCGCACACAGCGUCUGUCCAAAUGGGCAUGGUCCCCCGGCACGAAACCCCCCGACAUGGGGGCCCCGGCAGAUCAACCGAUCCUGGAGUGUCACUCGCAGCGCCAUGCGGAGAACUGCAAGGCCAGCCUAGCGCCGGCGUUCCUCAUGACCAUCAUUAUUUGCAAUGCCGUCAAGGCGACCUGCGCGCUGUUGGCUCUGCAUAUCACGAAGAAAGAACCGCCCUUGUGCACCACCGGGGAUGCCAUUCAGUCUUUCCUCCAAGAGCCGGACGCCUACACCAAGAACUGCUGCUUGGUCGCCAAAAGGGGUCGCUCUCAGCGAUUGAGCCUGCGGCCGUUCAAGAAUGCCGAUGUCUGGACCGGCGAGCGCGACCGCUGGAUUACAGCGAUCAACAAAUGGCAGCUGGCGGCAUUCAUUAUAGCGUUGGCUUUGCUGCUUUCGGCGGGGGCCACGUCUUUCUUCGGUGCCCCCGGGUCCCUGGAAUGGCAGGAUGCUGGACAUCAUAUGGCCUUCUUUAACUCCUACACGUUCCGACGGUGGCCAGAGACCGGCUACGAAUUGCGAGGGAAGAGCAACUUGACCGGCUUCGUCAUUGCGAACAUCCCUCAGGUCUUGGUCUCCUACGUCUACCUGGGACUGAAUAACAUGAUGACCAAAAUGCUGUUGAUGGCGGAAUGGUGUGGGUACGCCGCCGGCUCCAAGAAGCCCCCCAAAGGACUUCGAGUCUCGUCGCCGGUGGCUGAAACCAAGCAGCGAUCCACCUAUUUCCUCUCCGUGCCCUACCGCUGGAACAUACCGACAACCAUCUGUAUCAUCACGUUGCAUUGGCUGGUUUCCGAGGCGUUCUCCUUUGUGCAGAUUGACAUUCGCUCAUCACCGACCCAUAUGGAUACUUGGAACUACAUCCUGGUGUUCCCGGACGCCGUUGAGCUGGUCGUAGCGCCUAUCUGCUCUUUCACGGUGCUCAUGAUGAUCAUGAUCGGCCUUUGCAAGAAGUUUCCCGGCACGAUGCCCUUGGCUGCAGGCUGCAGUGCGACAAUCGCUGCGGCGUGCCAGCCUUUGCCCCCUCGCGACGGCUCACACGCCGCGGGAUCAUUUCCGCAUAAUCUGGCUUAUGAAGCGCUGAAAUGGGGCGUCGUUGAAAGUCCCAGUCCGGAUAAUAAUGGGAGGGGGCAUGCGACAUUCAGUGCAGACCAUGUCACCCCCUUAGAGAAAGGAAAGAUGUAUGUGUAA